AUGGCGGACUACAAUACUCUUUAUCAACAAGGCCUUUAUCUCUCUCCCGAUCAACAGGACCUCCUCCUCGCGGCUCUUUCAUCGAGCAACCCGACUCAGAAACAACAAACAGUAACGCAGAAACCCGAAGCAAAUCAGAACCUCAAUCACACACCCGGCCAUGCUUCCUCCGGCAGCCUCAGUGUUUCUCCCCCCAGUGGUUUGGACGGCUCGGUGAAUCAGUCGACUACUUUCGGCUACGAAGAUAGCCCUUUCCUCGACUUGAAUCCCGACUUCGAUCUUGAUUUCCUGGGCAACGAGAGUUUGAUUGGUGAUUUGCCCCCGAGCCUGACUGAAGAGUAUGAACCCGGUGAUAAGAGAAAGGAUAUAGAUGGACAGGAAAAUGAGAAGGAGGAGCCGGGCAAGAAGCGAAGGGAGAGCGACGAGAAAGCAGCCAAGAAGCCUGGUAGAAAGCCGUUGACCUCGGAACCUACAUCGAAGCGCAAGGCACAGAAUCGCGCAGCUCAGCGAGCCUUCCGUGAGCGCAAAGAAAAGCACUUGAAGGAUCUGGAGGCCAAGGUGGAGGAGCUACAAAAAGCAUCUGAUAAUGCCAAUCAGGAAAACGGACUUCUGCGCGCUCAGGUGGAGCGUUUGCAGGUUGAGCUCAAGGAGUAUCGCAAGCGUCUUUCCUGGGUAACGAGCGGCAGCGGUAUCUCUCCCGUUAAUGCCAUCCCAGGUGCAUACUCCAGAGGAAUGUACGGUCUGAACAACAACGAUUUCCUGUUCGACUUUCCCAAGUUCGGAGAUCUACCCGGUUCGCACUUGUUCACCAACGCGCAAGCCGGUAAAUCGAGUCAGAACAAGUUGAAAGACAGCCAGACAGCAACUCCACGCAGCGAAGCUCAGGUUCCCGGCGUGCUCAACCGCAACGCUCUGAACAGCUCGAGUCCUAACGGCCAGACACCGAAUUCGCAAUCAUCUAGAAGACCUGGCUCUGGUACUUCGAACGGGGCCAAUGAUAACAAUGGAAUCAGCAGGGGCUACGCGCACCAAGUCAAUUCCUCGUACAACGCGAAUACGAAGCAGGCAACUCACGAUACCCCUAGCUCCGACUCUCCAUCAUCCUCUUCGGAUUCGCAUCAUAGUCAGUUGCUCUCUUCCAAUGGAACCUCGCCUGAGCCAUGUUCGCACUCGCCUGCCGUAAAGGCGACCGAAGGUAGCACUUCCCAUAUAUGCACCUAUAGCACCAUCAAUGGUGAGGAAUCCUUCUGCGCUCAACUUGGUAUGGCAUGUGGCAACAUCAAUAAUCCCAUUCCAGCUGCGAGACAAAAUAGCGAAAGCGCGUCGAACACCCCUGGCCAUGCCAACAAUUCCGACCAGGCUCCGGGUUUGGAUCUUCUGGCUCAACAGAAUGGAGGCCAAUUCGAUCCUGUGCUGUUCGGUGAUUGGCGUGAGCCUCAAGAUGCUAUCUUAUCCCAAGACUUUGGUACAUUUUUCGACGAUGCUUUCCCUCUACCCGACCUGGGCAGCCCAUCCCACAAUCUUACCGAGGCGACGAAGCACUCAGCGGCGCCCAAGAAGGAUCUUAUCGCGGAAAUUGACAGCAAACUGGACGACGAUGAAGAGGUGGUGCCUGGCGAGGACCAGUCGCAAAUGCUCACAUGCAAUAAAAUAUGGGAUCGUCUGCAAUCCAUGGAGAAAUUCCGCAACGGCGAGAUCGAUGUGGACAAUCUCUGUUCGGAAUUGCGUACCAAAGCCAGAUGCUCUGAAGGCGGCGUAGUCGUCAAUCAGAAAGAUGUCGAAGACAUCAUGGGUCGCGUGAAAUAG